AUGGCGGCGCCGCUCCCGGUCCCGGUCCCGGUCCCGGAGCCGGGGCCCGGUUCUGCCCCGGGCUCGGGUUCCGGUCCCGGUUCCGUCCCGGUGCCGGGUUCCGGUUGUUCCCCGGGUCCGGUGCCGGGUCCUGGCUCCGCCCCGGGCUCGUGUCCGGUGCCGGGUCCCGGUUCUGCCCCGGUGCCGGGUUCCGGUUCUGCCCCGGUGCCGGGUCCCGGUUCUGCCCCGGGUCCGGUGCCGGGUUCCGGUUCUGCCCCGGUGCCGGGUCCCGGUUCUGCCCCGGUGCCGGUGCCGGGUUCCGGUUCUGUCCCGGGUCCGGUGCCGGGUUCCGGUUCUGCCCCGGGCUCGGGUUCCGGUCCCGGUUCUGUCCCGGUGCCGGUUCCGGGUCCGGUUCCGGGCGCGCUCCCGCUGGAGCCGCCGCGCGUGCCCGAGCUGCUCGUGCGGGGCAGCAAAUUCAUCCGCUGGGAAGAGGAGCCCCCCAGCCACACCCCGGUGACGCUGAGGGUCGACCCCGAUGGAUUCUUCCUCUACUGGACGGGGCCCAGCGCGGAGGUGGAGCUCUUGGACAUUUGCAGUAUCCGGGACACCCGAACCGGGCGCUUCGCCCGCGCCCCCAAGGACCCCCGCAGCCGGGGCGCUCUGGGUUUUGGGGUUCCCGGGGGUCCCCCCCCGGAGCGGCUCCUGACCGUGGUGCACGGCCCCGACCUCGUCAGCCUCGGCUUCCUCAACCUGCUGGCCGUGCAGGAGGGCGAGGCCAAGGUGUGGACGGAGGAGCUGUUCCGGUUGGCCACGAACAUCCUGGCCCGGAACGCGUCGCGGAACACCCUGCUCAGGAAGGCGUACACGAAGCUGACGCUGCAGCUGAACCCGGACGGGCGGAUCCCGGUCAAGAACAUCCUGAGGAUGUUCUCGGCCGACAAGAAAAGGGCGGAGACGGCGCUGGAAUCCUGCGGGCUCGGCUGCUCCAGGGGCGCCUCCAUCCCCCUGGAGCUGUUCCCGUUCGAGACUUUCCGGCGCUUCCUGAGCAAACUCUGCCUGAGGCCGGAGCUGGACAAAAUCCUGCUGGAGAUCGGCGCCGCGGGGAAGCCGUACGUGAGCCGGGAGCAGCUGCAGGAUUUUGUCAAUUCCCGGCAGAGAGACCCCAGACUCAACGAGAUCCUGUUCCCCCCGCUCGGCCCCGACGGCGCCCAGGCCCUGAUCGAGCGCUACGAGCCCAGCCCCACCUUCCGCCAGCGCGGCCAGCUGUCCCUGGAGGGUUUCUGCCGGUACCUGGGCGGGGACGAGAACGGGAUCGUCCCCCCCGAGACGCUGCAGCUGCACCAGGACAUGAGCCAGCCCCUGAGCAGCUACUUCAUCAACUCCUCGCACAACACCUACCUGACAGCGGGGCAGCUGACCGGGCUCUCCUCGGCCGAGAUGUACCGGCAGGUUCUGCUCAGCGGCUGCCGCUGCGUGGAGCUGGACUGCUGGCAGGGCCGGCCACCGGACGAGGAGCCGCUGGUCACCCACGGCUUCACCAUGACCACCGAGGUGCCCUUCAAGGAGGUGAUCGAGGCCAUCGCCGAAAGCGCCUUCAAGACGUCGCCGUUCCCGGUGAUCCUGAGCUUCGAGAACCACGUGGACUCGGCGCGGCAGCAGGCGAAGAUGGCCGAGUAUUGCCGCAGCAUCUUCGGGGCCGCGCUGCUGACGGAGCCCCUGGAGAAAUACCCGCUGGAGCCGGGAGUGCCCCUGCCCAGCCCCCAGGAGCUGCUGGGUCGGAUCCUCAUCAAGAACAAGAAACGGCGGCCGGGAGGGGCCCCGCCCCGCCCCAAAACCAGCGAGCGCGAGGCCGAGAGUGAGGAUGAGGAGGAGGAGGAGCCGCUGGAGAUGAAGAAGCCGACGACCGACGAGGGCACGGCAGGCAGCGAGGUGACGGCCACCGAGGCCAUGUCCACCCUGGUCACCUACGUGGAGCCCGUCAAGUUCAAAUCCUUCCAGGCGGCCCAGAAGCGCAACAGGAGCUUCGAGAUGUCGUCGUUCGUGGAGACGAAGGGGCUGGAGCAGCUCACCAAGAGCCCCCUGGAGUUCGUGGAGUACAACAAGCGGCAGCUGAGCCGGGUUUACCCCAAGGGAACUCGCGUGGAUUCCUCCAAUUUCCACCCCCAGCUCUUCUGGAACGCCGGAGUGCAGAUGGCAGCGCUCAACUUCCAGAGCCUCGACGUGCCGCUGCAGCUGAACCUGGCGCUGUUCGAGGCCAACGCGGGUUCGGGGUUUCUGCUGAAGCCGGAGCCGCUGCGGCGCCCGGACAAAUCCUUCGACCCCUUCGCCGAGGAGCGGCUGGACGGCAUCGUGGCCAACACCCUGCACGUGCAGGUGCUGUCGGGUCAGUUUCUCUCCGAUCGCCGCUGUGGGGUGUUUGUGGAGCUGGAGGUGUUCGGGCUCCCCGUGGACACGCGGCGCCGCUGCCGCACCAGGACCAGCCAAGGGAAUCCCUUCAACCCCGUGUGGGACGAGGAGCCCCUGGUGCUCAACGAGGUGGUGCUCCCGGCUCUCGCCUCUCUCCGUGUGGCCGCCUAUGAGGAGGGCGGGCGGCUCCUGGGCCAGCGCGUGCUGCCCGUGGCGACCUUGAGAUCAGGGUACCAUUACGUUCCCCUGCGCAAUGAGAGCAACCAACCCCUGCUGCUGCCGGCGCUGCUGCUGCUGACCCGGGCCUGUGACCACGUCCCGCUGGGACACCGAGAUUACGCCGAGGCCCUGAGUAACCCCAUCCGACACCUGAGCCUGCUGGGGCAGCGCCAGCGGCGGCUGCGGGCGCUGAUGGGGGACCCCGAGGACAGCCCCGAGAGGCCCCAGCAGAGCCCCCAGGAUUUGGGGGGCCCCUCCCCCCCCCCGGAGCCCCGCGCCCCUCCCCCUCCCGGCCCCGCCCCCACCCCCAGCCCAGGGCAGCGCAGCGACCUCAUCGCCACCGUCCUGACAGAGGUGUCCCCGGAGCCGCUGGAGGCGCUCAGGCAGCACCGGGGGUACCUGAAGCUGCUCAAGCGGCAGCGCCGGGACCUGGAGCGGCUCCGCAAGAAACACCUGAGGCGGCUCCUGGCGCUGCACCGGCGCAGCGCGGGCCCGGAGGGGGCGGGGCCGCUGCUGCAGCUGCGGGAGGAGCAAAAGCGGAGAGAGCUCGGGAGGAGACGGGAACAGCUGAGAGAGGCCCAGCAGCGGCUCCAGGAGGUGGCGCUGGAGGCUCAGCAGGCCCAGCUCAAACGGCUGCGCCAAACCAGUGAGAGGGAGAAGAAGGAGCUGCAGAAGAUUCUGGAACGGCGGCGCCACAGCAGCAUCAGCGCGGCCCGGGGGGGGCGCCAGGGGGGGGAGCUGCCCGAGAUCAACCGGCGCCACAUCAACGAAUCGGUGACAUCGAUCCGCAGGGUGAGGGGACCCCCAAAACCGCCCCAAACACCCCGAAAACACCCUGAAAACACCCUAAAAAACACCCCGGAAACACCGUAA